GAUAGGAAUGCAUCAGAAAUAUUAUUGGCUCUCGAUCAUAGCCAGCUGAACUCGUCUUCAUACUUGGAUCAGAUAAAUACAAGCAAUGGAUACCGAAGUGGAGAAGAAGCUGUACAAUGCAUGUGUGAAAGGAGACGUAAGGAUGCUGGAAGCACUCAUACGAGAAGAUGAACUCACUCUUGCUCGAGUUUCGAUAUCUUCUUGCUUUAACCAAACACCCUUGCAUCUUGCUUCCAUGUUAGGUCACUUUGAAUUUGCUGAAGUUCUUCUCUCUCAUAAGUCUGACUUUGCAAACAGAUUAGAUUCACAAGGUCGUUCUGCUCUUCAUUUGGCAUCUGCCAACGGAUACGCGAAUAUUGUUAAACUGUUGUUGGUACACAAUGAGAAAAUGUGCAGUGUUCCUGAUGAGGACGAAAGGACCCCUCUCCAUUUGGCUGUGAUGAAUGGCCAAUAUGAUUGUGUUGACGUGUUGAUGAAAGCCGACUCUGAGUCUAAUGAUCAAGGACUCGAUAAGGUAUUGCACAUGUGUGUUAUGUAUAACCGCUUGGAUGUUCUGAUUCUUAUAUUAGACAAGAACCAGAUUGAUCUGUCGGAGGUGAAAGAUGAGGAAGGUGACACAAUUCUGCAUUAUGCUGCAGGUUUACGACGUAUGCAGAUAGUAAAGUACCUGGUAGCAAAUAGAAGUGAAGCCGAGGUCAAUUUCAAAAAUAGGAAAGGUCUCACGGCUUUGGACACAAUAGAGGAGAUGCUUAAAGAUGCAAAAUCCAUGGAAAUUAAGAAGCUUCUGGUCUCAGCUGGUACUAAAAAGAUGGAAGAAGAACCAGUAGGCACUGGCACCUUUAAUAAGCUGUUAAACAUAACCAAGAAGGUGAGAAAAUUUACCAUCUUUCAGGACAAAAUGGAAACAAGAGAUGAGACAUUACUGGUAGCAGCAUCUGUCAUAGCCGCAAUGGCUUACACAUCGGCUAUUAGCCCUCCCGGUGGUGUUGCUUCAAUGGAUGCCGCAAGUUAUUCUGUCAGUGACCCUUGGUAUUUUAGUUAUUUUCUUGCACCGGGAAGCUCCCUUCUCGCCUACUUCUACGCGUCUGUGAGUAACACAUUUUGGGUAUUUAACACAAUCUCGUUUAUAGCUGCUCUAAGUGUAAUAUUUUUGUAUGUGAGUGGGGCGAGCCUGAAGCAGAGGAUUUUCGUUUGGUCUAUUCGAGGAUCAAUGUGGAUAACUCUGUCGGCUAUGAUAUUCGCCUACGAGGCUGCAGUUAGAGCCACCACUCCCAAAUAUAAUCAGAAUCACCGAACACUUACAACAGUUAGAAUCGGAUUAUAUUCAUGGUUGGCAUUGAUGGUCAUUGCCGUAUUGGUGGUUGUUUUUCGUGUUUGUCGCUACACUGUGAGGACAAUUAAAACAGUGAGGGCUAAGAGCAACAAAAAAAAAGAGGCCUCCAUUGUCCCAACCUCAACUCAGAUAGUAAUAUCUCAUGAUCAGAAUUAAGGUCUAAACUCCAGCUGCGCUGUUCCUCAGUUUACCUUGCAUUAAGUGUACUUUGUUUACCUUGCAUUAUGUUAAUAACUUUGUUUUGUAUUUACUUUCUCUCCAUGUUCCAUGUACAAUACAUUUUCAGAUUUCCUGUAACAUAUUCUGUAAAUUACUUUCAGAGUUUCUUAUC